CGUCCCUCCAUUCAUGUCCCAUUUUUCCGCCCAGAGCGUCGCCUUAUGGCUGUCUUUUUCAGUGUCGACGUCGGUGCCGCGGCGAAUAACUCUCAUGCAUACUGCGGUUGCCGUACUGCCCGCCGUCCGGAGUCCAGGGGGUUGCGGACUAGGUGUAGUCGUGCAUCUGGCGGGUAUCAGUCGUUUCCUGCUGGUUGCGUGAGAGUGGCGUGAAGCAGCAGCAGUAGAUGUUACUGCGAGCAGCAAAAGGCAAGGAAGGAUCCAGAAUGUUAUGAAUGAGAGGGUGUAACCUCCUGGAUAGGAUUCGUUCCAAGCAAGACAUAUCAUGUGCCCCGCGUGACGUCACCCCUCUUGCCUCUUGUCCGUCACGAUUUCCCAGGACCUAGUACAGUACAGUAUUGUACUGUACUGUCACUGUACGGUACAGAUAGUACCACUACAGUGCAGCACCCUUACAAGUACACCUCUGCGCGGGCGGAUUCCGAGUCCGAGUCGUCCGAUGGCGGUUGAAAAACGUGUGGCGAGAAUGCGUUUGCCGGUGACUCGGUCUCACGCCCUGUCGGCGGUGGCGUCAGACGCCCAGCCGGGCAGCGGGCGUCACGCCAUAUCCCAGAAAGGGACCCGAAAGAGGCCCCAUUCUUGCCAUGUCCCUGGCGGCGGUGGCGUCACACGUCCAGCCGGGCGGCGGGCGUCACGCCCUGGCGGAGGCUCUUACCUGACUCUCCAGACUCCCAGAGUCGGACUCUCCGCCGGCAGAGAGUCACGACUGACGAGGUUGCUUCCGGGAACACUGCUUGCGCCCCUAGAAGACGAGGGGUCACGGGGCUCUCACUGGGGGACUGAUGGCCACCCCCAAGUGUGGCAAGGGGGGGUAGUAGUACUGUAUCUUAUCUCCCAUAUGUAAUAAGUCGAUUUUUGAGUCGACUCAAGAAUAGUAGUGCUGUGUCUUAUCUCCCGUAUGGCGAGCAGACUCUUAUUCGCAGCACCCUCUUUUCUCUCGUCUAGCGAGUCGCUUUCACAUCAAGUCUAAUACUUGCCCAUCCCUCUCCAAUAGUAGUAGAAACACCUCUGGUACUAACUCCUGACGUGGUACGGCAGAGCCUCCUACGUACGUGGUACGGCAGAGCCUCCUACGUACGUGGUACGGCAGAGCCUCCAGUAUUAGCGGAAUGCGCCUCCUCUGUUAAGCAAACACCCACUGUAGCAUCAUGGCUCGUUCCGCCACCGGUUAUGCGUUUCUGGGCGCCUUCCUCGGUGCGAUGCUCAUCACAGCGGGUGGAGUGGCAGCAGCAAAGUUUCCGCAGCCUUACCUCCCAGGCAGUGCUUCUGCGGCUGAGCCGCUGGAGAAGGGAAAGGUGCUCGAUAAGUUGUCCCUCAAGUUACACCCUGCCUAUCGCAACGGGAGAUUAGUUGGCGACUCCUUUGCAAAAGGGAGACUCGUUAUAAGGGCUGUGCAGUCCUCUGCAGGUAAAUUCUACUCAAUAUUCAAACUAUUUGUCGACGACAUCCGAUCCGGAGGAAGCCUGCCCGCCAUGCACUAUGGAUCGUCCUGCUUCGACGGUACACUUAAUGUUCCUUUGGUUUGGAAGAACACUACUAGCCUGAUGGACGGUCUGUUCAAUCGAUACAGCUUCAGGUCCUUCGGCCGUGCACAGGAGACGGAGGCAGAAGCUCGGAAUUACAUUAAACUAUUUCGUGAUGCCUUGAUCACGCGGAAGCAAACGAUUAUUGUGUCAUCCUAAGAACAAGGCGGCCCUCUGUGGGAAGACGUAGUUAUGUUAGCAUGAGGGUUCCAUAAGGGGUACACCCUCUGUGAUGAUCUAUGCGGUGUUGCAUUUGCAUUUGAGUUUGGAAUGUCAAGUGUACCAGAUCCGGGACGUGUUUAUUUA